GUCAUCAAACCGCGACACAAUUACCCGAGCACCAAUAAACAAAGUGAAAAUGGUGCGAGCAAAAACUGGUCAUGUUUGCUGUUAAUGUUAUAUCGAGUAGAUGGGGGAAGAAAAAAAAACAAUUCAAUCCAAAUAAAUAAAAGAUAGCAAAAACAAAAACUCACAGUCGGAAAUUGGAGAAAUUGGAUCAAAAGGACUCUGAGGUUUGGAACGUUGUGCAGGCGGCCAGAACGUGGCUCCUUCCGGGUCUGGGCGCUGCUCGCGUUUCAAUGCCAUAAAGUCAGGAGUAGCAUCGGUAGGCUGCACUCACUCGUUCACACGCACUCCUCUCGGGGGGUUUAAACACGCAGUGGUUUGUUGCUUUGCAUUGCUGAAUAUGGGAGAGACAGAGAAAACAAAAAGUGAGACAACGCGUACUGAAUCCAGUAUCCAGAAAAAGGAAAAGGAGAAAAAGAAAAGGUCAAGGGUCAACAAGGUGCUUUCUGAGAUUAAAAAACAGGUCGAGUUUUGGUUUGGUGAUGUGAACCUACACAAAGACCGAUUCCUUCAGGAACAGAUUCAGAAAUCCAGAGAUGGAUAUGUUGACAUUUCCGUGCUGACAGCAUUCAACAAAAUGAAAAAGCUAACCACAGAUGUAAAAUUAAUAGCAAGGGCGUUAAAAAACUCAAAUAUCAUUGAGCUGAAUAUAGAAGGAACAAAAUUAAGGCGUCGCGUGGCCUUGGGAGUUCAGCCACAAGAUGUUGAUGACCGUACAGUUUAUGUGGAGUUGCUACCCAGAAACGUUUCACAUGGUUGGAUAGACAGAGUGUUCAGUAAAAUUGGAAAUGUCGUCUACAUCAGCAUCCCUCGUUACAAAACAACUGGUGACCCAAAAGGAUUUGCCUUUGUGGAAUUUGAAACUGCAUCAGGAGCUCAAAAAGCUAUUGAGCUGUUAAACAAUCCUCCAGAAGAUGCUCCACGAAAGCCUGGAGUUUUCCCCAAAACUGUAAAAAAUAAACCAGUUCCUGUGUUCAGCUCCACUGACAAUAUUGAUACAAACAAAAGUACAGAUGAGAAAAAGAAAAAGAAAAAAAAGAAACCUCGAAAAUCAGAAAACCAGUCAACUACAGAGCCAAUGGAACAGUCCCAUCCCAGCCUGGACAAAGGAAAGGGGAGCAGAAUGACAUCAGACUGUUCAGAAAAUGAUGUUGCAGAUCUCGGCAGAAGUAAAUCAAAAGGUGAGACACGGAGACGAGAUAAAACUGAAGAGACCAGUCGGAGAAAGCGGAAACGAAGUAGCCCUGGAAAACUAGAAGAAGGAUCCUCUGCAAAAGUAAGAAAAAUCAGUGACAGAGAAAAAGAGAAGACAGAUAGUGAAAAAGACAUUAAAGAUAUUUCAACAGAAGACGAGCGUGGUUCUGGAGACAAGAAGGAUGAAUCCCUAUUGAAAAGCAAGAGAAAAAGGAAAAAGAAACACAAAGACAGGCACAAGGUAGAAGAAGAAGUUAUUCCUCUCAGAGUUUUAUCCAAGAAAGAGUGGAUGGAUUUGAAGCAAGAGUACUUAAUGUUGCAGAAGUCCAGCAUGUCCAGUUUAAAGAAAACUAUGCUACAAAUCAAACAGCAAAAUGGUGGAGACCUGAUGGAUGUGACUGACAAAAACAAACAAGAACUUGAAAACAAUAAAGCAAUGGUUAACAAUGAAGGAGCCCAACCCUCUGUGAAGGUUAACACCCUGGGGCCUCAGUUUGUGAGUGGAGUCAUUGUGAAGAUCACCAGUUCUGAGCCCCUGCUGGGCAGGAAACGGAUCAAGGAUGCUUUGUUGGAAACUUCUGAGGUUUUGUACGUGGACCUGCUUGAAGGUGAUACUGAGGGACAUGCUCGGUUUAAAACUCCUGCAGAUGCCCAGACUGUGAUGAGGGCACAGCGAGAACUACAGAACAAGUACAACUGGAAACUUGAACUUCUCUCAGGUGACAGUGAACAACGCUAUUGGCAGAAGAUAUUGGUGGAUCGACAAGCAAAACUAAACCGACCCCGGGACAAAAAACGGGGCAUGGAGAAGUUGAUUGGCAAGGCCGAGAAAAUAAUUGUGGCCAAGACACACAAAGCUGGCAAGCAUAUACAUUUCUCUGAUGAAGACUGAAGAUGAUCACACCACCCAGUACUUUUGUUCCAUUUCUGGAUUUGUUUUAAUACUUUGAAGAAUUUUAACAGUUUUGUACAGAUUUUGGAUAUCAUUUGCAGUGCGCAGAGUGAUAUUCACAAUCAUAGCUUUUAGAAAAUACAGGAUAUGUUUAACUUUC